AAGUUUAGCAUCGCUUAUUGGUGUUAUAGAACUCUACAAACGAGGGGAAAUAAUAAUAAGUCAAACUCAUGAUGCAAUAUUAAUUUAUUUAUGCGUCGGAUUUAUUUACUUAAUAUUAACAAGCUCUCUUACUUUAGUAGUCAAUUUAAUCGAAACCAGAAUAAAUAAAUAUGUUGGAAAUUAAAAAUCUCUCAAAAAAAUUUGGCAAUAAGACUGCUGAUAAAAAAGUACUCAAUAAUGUUAGUCUAAAAGUAGAUCGUGGAGAAAUAGCACUAUUACUUGGUCCUUCAGGCGUAGGAAAAUCAACAUUACUACGUAUAUUAAAUGAUUUAGAAAGCUACGAUCAGGGUACCUUGAUGCUAAAUGGUCAAAAACUUGAAGAGUAUAAACUUAAAAACAAACAUGCUACGGGUAUGAUUUUUCAACAAUUCAAUUUGUUUGAACAUAUGAGUGUUGAAAAAAAUAUAACGUUUGUUCUUGAAAAAUCCGCCAGGAAAACCCCACAAGAAGCGCAUGAAAUUGCUACUCAUUUACUACAAAAAUUUGGUUUAGAAUCUAAAGCAAAAUUACCUAUUAGCAAAUUAUCAGGCGGACAAAAGCAACGAUUAGCUAUUGCCCGAUCUAUAGCAUUAAAGCCCUUGGUAAUAUGUUUCGAUGAGCCUACUUCAGCUCUCGAUCCUUAUUUAAAAUCUUUUGUAGCUCAAAAUAUUCAGGAAUUAGCUGACGAAAAAUAUAUCGUCCUCGUGGCUACUCAUGAUAUUUCCUUAAUAGAAAAAUUAAAAUGUACCAUAUACCUCAUGGAACAAGGCAAAAUUAUAGAAAGUAGCGCUUCUGCCGAAUUCCUAGCUCAUCCCAAUCAGUACCCUUUAAUUAAUAAUUUUGUUAAAGGAGCUAUUAUGCGUUCUGAUACCCAAACCUAA